AGCGGCGACAACUCAAUCUUCUUGAACACUCUCUUCUUAUAUUUUUUUUUAUAUCUACUUGUGCAUACGUAGUCGUGCACCACAGUCGUGUAGGUAGUGGGUACCAUCACCACGAUUCAGAACUCCGUCGCGUCUCAAUGGUCCGCGCUGGCGCGAAGCGGGAGCGACCGUGCAUGGUCCUUCUCCACGUGGCCCUCCGCUCCGCCGCCACCCAAGCAGCAACAGCAGCAGCAGACGGACAGACGCAACAUCAACAGCGAGGUGCAGGCCCUACCUCGUCUUCUGCGGCAUCGCCAGAACGCUACGUCUGGAAGUCGCGCCGCACGGCGGAGGCCUACGCCGGCGCCGUCCUCCGCUGCGUACGUGCGCAGUGGGCGAUGGUAGGCGGGGUGCGGUACGACCUUCCCGAUGCCGCCCACCUCGAAAGUGCGACGUGGGACGGCGACGCCACACUACCAGCAGCUGCCACGGGUGGAGAGGGUGCGGAGUCGGGGAAGGACACGGCUCGCACCUCUCGAAAGGCGGAAGCAGGACGAGGGAAGAAGCAACACCUGUGCACACGGGAUCGUCGCAUGCGGGUCACGCAACGACGGAGCGGAGUGCUGCGCUGUGCGGUGCAGCUGUCCCGCUCCCUCUACGGCGAUGCGGCAGCCCUGCAUAUCUUUCGUGCCGCCUGCGCGUGUGUGACGGCGGUGGAUGUGUCGUUGCCGCUGUCGGCGCUUGUGUCGGACGACAACAACACCGCAGCAGUGGCCGCAGCAGCAGAAGAAGAAGAGGGCCGUCCGGUGCGACGUCGUCGACUAAUCGAAGACGGCGAUGCGCGGAUGGAGCAGGUAUGCCACGCCGCCGUACGCGUGGCACGUGUGGAGCACGUCGUGUCAUCGCGGAAGCAUUAA